CGGUGACCCGGGACAGCCGUCGGGGAGCCGAUUUAUGAAUGGGAGGCACUGCCCCAGCCCCCGCCCCGCCCAUUCGCCGCCACUGCCCCGCCCCCGGCCGCCCAUCCCCGGCCGCUCGCGCCGUCGGGGCCGGUCGCCGGUCGCCGCCGUGGCCAUGGCCCAUCGCCCGUCCCCCGCCGCCCGCCCGCCGCCCGCCGCCAUGAGGCGCGGGGGCCCCGCCGCCAUCGCCGCCUGCCUCGCCGGGGCACUCGCCGUGCUGGCGGGACCGGGGCCGGGGCCGGGCAGUGCCACCGGGACCGGCCGGCGGCCUCCCCGCAGCUACGGGCAUCUGGAGGGCGACGUGCGCUGGCGGCGGCUCUUCUCCGCCACCCGCUUCUUCCUGCGCAUCGACGGCGGCGGCGGCGUGGAGGGGACGCGCUGGAGGGAGCGGCCGGGCAGCAUCGUGGAGAUCCGGUCGGUGCGUGUGGGCGUCGUGGCCAUCCGGGCGGUGCACACCGGCUUCUACCUGGCCAUGAACAAGCGGGGGAGGCUCUACGGGUCGAAGGAGUUCAGCCCCAACUGCAAGUUCACGGAGCGCAUCGAAGAGAACGGCUACAACACCUACGCGUCGCUGCGCUGGCGGCACCGCGGCCGCCCCAUGUUCCUCUCCCUCAAUAGCAAGGGCAGGCCACAGAGAGGGGGCAAGACACGCCGGCAGCACCUCUCCACACACUUCCUCCCCAUGCUCGUCAGCUGAACACCGUGGGCAGCUCCGGAUGGUCCUGUAGGAAACAAAACAAACAAAAAAGAUGUUAUUUUAUUUAUGUACAUAUCUAUUUUUUGCUAUUUAUUGCUUUAUUUUUAAUGCACGGCCGAGGAUGGGUGUGGAGGGCAGAUGCUCCAGGCUCAGCUGUGCAGGGCUGUGGCUCUCCCACUGCUCCCCUGGUGCAGAGCCCGUGUGGUGCAGCCUGGGAGAGCGACUGGAGCAGGGGCCACGAUCUGCUAAUGGCAUCUCUGCAGGGCUGGGAUGUACCAGCAGGUUGUCUGUGUCCGAGCACCCGUGGCAAUUAAAGCUGUGUUCAUGGUAUGGAACAGGAGCAGGUCUUGGAGCUUUGAUGGUGAACUUGGCUUGGGAUGAGAGGGAUUGGCUCCUGUGUGGUUGUGGCUGCAGCCACCAGUGUCAUCCCUGCUGCCACUGGCAGGGAGCCCAGCUGGUCCUUUGCCACAUCCAGCUUUUCAUCGACCCCUACCCACCCUGCAGGAAAACAGCAGUGGUGGUUCAGUGGCACAAAGGAGGGAGCAGGAGGAGCAGAAGUCAGCCCAGAUCCUCAGGCAAACACAACUCUGGAGCUGCCCCUGGCCACAGCCACUGCCAGUCAGUUCUGCUGCCCAGCUCUGCGCCCUCAUCCCCAACAAAAACAGGGCUGGGACAGUGGACAGAGGUGAGGACCAGCUCCUCACCUGGAGGGCAACAUGGCCAGGAAUAGCAGCUGCACCUCAGCCUCUUGGCCAGGGUACAUCCCUGCGCCACCUCACGCCUGCUGUGGCCAGGCCCAGCAUCCUGGUCACUGUCACGUCAGACAGAGCCAUGGCCCCAGCAAAAACCACCAAACUCGUUCCAUUUCUGACCCAACCAGCUCCAAACGAGUCUGAGAGGGAACAGCCGCUGUAUUAACCAUGUGGUGACUGUGGU